CAUGAAUUUUGUAAAAAUUUUGACUAUGGUGAUGUUACUGGAAUUAUUCAAUUAAAGUUUACCGAUGAAUAUUGCUUUAAUUCUUAAACAUAUAAUUCAGCUAUGUUUAGUGAGAGUUUGAAGCAAUAAUUACUGAAUUUCGAUUAUAAAUGGAGUAAAAACCCUUUAUUAUCGAUAUACGCAUUAAACCAUAGGUUAUGUUAUAUCCUGACUUUCUGCUAUAGGAACUACUUUUUAAUAAACAGGUAAGAAAACAUGGAUCCAAACAUCUAUGCAUUGGUGCUGGAUACACUGAACCGGGCUACCAGCCAGGACCCAGAGGUGCUCAAGCCUGCGGAGAAAAAAUUGGAAGAAUGGGAGAUAGAACCUGGCUUCUAUUCUGUACUCCUGAAUGUACUAUCAAACCAUUCCAUCGAUAUAAAUGUCCGUUGGUUGGCGGUAAUGUGCUUUAAAAACGGCGUCGAUCGGUACUGGCGUCGCAACGCACCUCAUGCUAUCACUGAUGAGGAGAAAAUGAAACUUCGUAGCGGUCUACUUUCUUCGAGUAUUUUAAGCGAACCAGUAGCACAGAUUGCCACCCAAGAAGCUGUGCUUAUUGCUAAAAUUGCUAGGUUUGAUUGUCCAACAAAUUGGCCGAACUUAGUCCCGGACUUGAUUGGAGCAUUGAAAGCACCACAGCCGUUGGUCCAACACAGAUCUUUGCUAAUAUUCCACCAUGUGGUCAAAGCUCUAGCCUCUAAGCGACUUAUUGGCGAUAGGAGGACAUUCCAAGAAUUAACUAACUCAGUAUAUGGUUUCAUAUUGAACCUAUGGCAUGAGAACACGGAAAUAUUCCUCCGUCACAUCCAAGAAGGUGCGGCUACAGAAUUGAUUACUGAACAUUUGGAAAAGGCACUGCUUUGCUUGCGUGUGCUGAGAAAGUUGACAGUUUUCGGUUUUAGGAGAGCACAUGAGAGUCAGGAUGCUAUUGCAUUUUUGAAUGUCGUGUUCGAUAGGGCUAAGACUAGCUUGGAGUGCAGAAAGCUCCUAAAAGGGCGCGGAAUAUAUCCGCUGGAACUAUGCGAAAAGUUCAUAAUACACCUCACGAAAGUCGCCCUAGGUGUACUUUGCUUUCAUCCGUUCUCUUACGUGCCUCUAAUACGACCAUCUCUAGAGUUUGCGUUGUAUUACUGUUUCACGGAACAAGGCAUGUCGUUGAUAUAUGAACGGUUUACUAUACAGUGCUUGAACAUUGUUAAGGGCAUCUUGCAGUGUUUGGAAUUUAAGUUGCCGAAGGGAAUGGAUCAACCGAAAGAGCCCUUGACACUACAAGCGCACCAGGUGAAAUGCGAAGUGCUAACAGAGAGCACAGUAUGCCACAUGUGCAGGCAUUUGGUCACUCACUACUUUCUGCUGAGUUCUGAUGACCUGGCCCUGUGGGACGCGGAGCCCGAGAGCUUCGCCACUGAUGAGGCGGGGGAGUCGUGGAAAUAUAGCUUACGACCGUGUACAGAAGCAGUGUUCAUGGAGCUAUUCCACGAAUACCGAUCUCUGCUAGCGCCCGAAUUGGUUCGAUUGUUAGUUUCCUUGCAAGAAGCGCCAGUGUCUCCAGAUGAUUUGCCGAAUAUAUUGAAGAAAGAUGCGAUUUAUAAUGCGGUGGGAUUGGCGGCUUUCGAUUUGUAUGAUGAUGUGGAUUUUGAUGAAUGGUUUACUAAUGUGUUAAGCCGAGAGUUAAAAAUUAAGGAUAACAAUUACAGAAUUAUUAGAAGAAGAGUAUGCCAGCUCAUAGGUCAGUGGUGUGGCGUGCGAGCGUCCCAAUCUCUCCGACCAGCAAUGUAUGAAGCUCUGUUAGAACCUCUCACGCGACCGGACGAAGACCCUGCGGUGAGACUGGCCGCUGCUGAAGCUCUAAGGAGCACGAUAGAUGACUUCAACUUUAAAGUGGAACAGUUCGCGCCGUACGCACAUCAUGCACUCGCUGCGCUUUAUGAGCUCCUGGUGGAAUCGGAGGAGUGCGACACGAAGAUGCACGUGCUGCACGUGAUAUCGUACGUGAUGGAGCGGUGCGGCGCGCUCGUGAGCCAGGGCGGCGGCGCCAGCGCGCUGUUCGCGUACCUGCCGCAGCUGUGGCAGCACGCCGCCUCGCACCACAUGCUGCGCGCGGCCGCGCUCGCUGCUGUGGUCCAUCUCGUGAAGGCGGUGGGCUCGUGCGCGGACGAGCUGGGCGGCUGGGUGGUGAGCGUGGUGGGCGAGGCGACGCGCGCGGGCUCGCCGGCGCACGUGUACCUGCUGGAGGACGCGCUCGAGCUGUGGCUGGCCGUGCUGCAGGCGGCGCGCGCGCCCGACCCCGCGCUGCUCGCCCUGGCCGCUAACCUGUACCCGAUACUCGAAACAUCGACCGAGCACCUUCGCAUCGUAGUAUACAUAAUGCAAGCGUACGCCCUGCUCUGUCCCGAAGAGUUCUUCUCCUGUGAAGGCGCGAAAUGUAUGGCUUUACUCGAUGACAUGUUGAGUGACAUGCGCACAGAGGGCGUAAUAACGGUGUUAAAGAUGGCGGAAAUAUGUAUUAGUGUUACGUACCCGGAGAGGAAUCAAUUCUUGGGCGUGGAGGUUAUAUGGCCGAUAUUGAAGCGGGUUAUACACUGUCUUCUAGAAGGCGACGAUUUACCAAUGGUAUUCUCAGUCCAAUUGUGCCUUCUAUCCCGUGUUAUCCUGCUAUCCUCGGAUCUCUUCUACAAAGCUAUACAAGAUGCGGCAAAGAAUCUACCGGAGUACGAGUCGGAUCCGGUUAAAGUGCUGAAUAAACUAUUGCAUGUUUGGACGGAGAAGAUGAACUUUGUGACCCAGGUGGAGCGGUGGAAGGUUGUUGGUUUAGGUCUAGCAGCGCUAUUAACGACGCAAAAUGCGACUGUUCUUCAGAGAUUCCCCGCGAUUCUUCUCAAUUUGACUGAAGUCUUGAAUGACGUCAUGAAAUUGGAAGACGGUGGCUCUUAUGUUGACGGUCUAGUAGCGCCGCCCGGGUCGCGGCCCGCGUCGCCCCUGGAAGGGCGCGGCGCCGCAGCGCGGUGGGGCGCGGGCGAGGGCGCGGACGGCGAGGGCGCGGCGGCGGCGCGCAGCACGCCGCACGAGGCGCGGCGCCGACGGCUGGCCGCUGCGCACCCGGCCCACGCGUUGGACCUGCGCGCGGUCACGCACCACCAGCUUCAAACAUUGAAGAAUCAAGUUGGUGCGGAGACAUUCGACAGACUGUUGCAGUCUACGGAUAAAGAUACAUUGCAGCAGCUGAGGGAAUAUAUACCGCUUUAAUUUCAAAUUAUACUAAAUAUCUCGCUGAGUUACAUAAUAGAGACGAACAAAACUCGAAAAAUUUGACACAAAUAUUCUGAUGUAAGUAUAGGUCUUCGAACGUCGAGAAAAACGAAAAUCUAUUAAUUGUUUUUAUACGAAUCACCGUAUCUUCUUAAUCUUAGACUUAGAGCUAGCGCGCAAGAGCAACUUUUGUGUCCGCAACUAUUUUGUCUCUCCCAUCAACUCUAUAGGAAGUUGCGUCGCUACGUGCGCGCACUUUCUUACUAGCCCAUAGAGUUGAUGGGAGAGACAAAAUAGUUGCGGAGACAAAAGUUGCUCUUGCGCGCUAGCUCUUAUAUGUGUCUCACUCUUGUGAAUGAAAACAGAAUAGGAUAGGAGAUAUGGAAUAUUUACUUGUUUAUUCGCAAAUAUAGAAGCGAUAUUCGCUGUUUUAACUAAAUGAGUUGUUUUAUGGAUAUUUUUAUUAUCAAAAUAAAUGAGGAAUUCCCUUGUGGUCUGCUAUUAAUGAAUUUUAAAAUUUGAAUCGAACUGUCUUAAUGCAUUUAUCAUCUAGCAAUUUUAUCAUAUAAAUAUUCAAAAUUUAUUAAUAUAUAAUAUAAUUAAUGUACAUUGUUUAUUGAUAAAUAAUGAACAUUAAUUUCUAAAGUCUCAUACACUUAUGUGAUAUAGAUAUUUCCUAUAAAAUAGCUUUAAUUUUAACACCAACGAUUCUGUAUAUGUCUGGGCAUUUACGAAUAUUUUUGCGUGGUUCGUCUUUUCCGGAAUGUUCUAUUAUGAUUUAUAAUGUUUGUUAUUUUUGGUCUGAAGUAUGAAAUAAGCAAUAAGCAUCCAUCCAGCCUUUGAUUUUAGAUACGUUUAUAUAGAUAUCUAGAAAUGAGCAAUAAAAUUAAAUUUAUUGUAUUAUUUUCUUCAGCUUUAUAUAGGCACUGGAAAAUAAUACAAAAAUGCAUAAAAUGAGCUUAAAUCUGGAUAAAAAUAAUUAUAAAUAUUGACAUAUACAGAAUUGCGUGAAAUUCACUACUCUAGCGUCUAGGUUGUUGUAUACUAACUUUAAAAUUCUUAACGUUCUGCCAUCUAGAAUAAAUUGGAGAAAUUGUUAUUAUUAAUAAGACAAAUGAAUUAGUAUGACUAUAAAAUUACAGUCCAUGUUUUUAUAAAAUGCUUUCAUAUGUUGCCAACUCUUUUUAUUAUAGGAAUCUAUCUCUCGCUCACUCUUAUUGAUAUUUUAUAGUAACCGAGCGAGAUAGCAAUAAGCUGAUACAUUUUAUUUGCUUAUAUAUAUUUUGUUUGUGUAUAAACGAUGUAUGUAUUACAUAUAUUUUUAUAUUUCGAUAACUGUAAGUUCUGUAUUUUAAUGUACAGUUAAUGUUGUGUUUAUUUUGCCGAGAUUGUCAUAAUCUACCUACGAAGUCAGCACUAAAUUGUAGUUUUAAUCAAAUACGAAUGUAAAAACUAUGUAUAUGUAAUUUUAUUUCUUAAAAACAUAAGUAUACGAAUAAAGAAUGCAUUCGAAAAUUGCCGCGUUUUGUAUAAAAUAGUUUUUAAGCUCGCAUUUGUACCGAUGUUUUUUAUAACUUUGAGAUGUCAUUUUAUAGUUCAUUUCUAAAGUUGAAUGCCAGCUAGUUAUACAGAUAUAGUUGAUCUAACUUAUCUGAAGACCUGAAAACAAAUAACAAUGUGAAUAUAUCGCCAAUUGAAUUUAAGAAAAAUAUUACCACAGACUAAUAAUAAUAUACUACGUAUACAAAUAUUACUAUAUUUUAAUAGUUUUAUUAAAGUGAUGAAGUGUUGGAUAUAUUAAUGAUGAGAACUUUCUAAUGGUUUUAUCCUUAAUGCGUUAAUGAUAUACGGCCUUACUAAUAAAAAGUUAAGCAAUGGAUAAAUUUCUACCAUUUUCUACAAUAGCUUUGUCCUGCUCUUGCUCACAUGCAACGUCAAUCAUAAAAACAAGACAGGUUAUUGCAAUAACUAAUCCAUUGCAAAGCGAAUGGGUAACAUUUUAUUAGUAAGACCGAUAAAAUAUAGUUAUAUUUUUUGAAUGAUUUCUCGGUUCAAUUAAAUCGUUACCUUAUCACAUGACUAAGAUAAGUAGGUCAAUUUAUACUUGAAGUUCUAAUUUACCAACACAACAAAAAAGUUGCUACUUUUAUCCAAUAGAUUAUUUUUGAAUAUGUACAUUUGUACAGUAUAAACAGUAUUCCAGAAAGAUACCUUACUUGAAAAGACUUAGUUGUAUUUUUUUUCAAAAUAUUUGACAAAAACAUAUAUGAAUUGUAGGUGGCAAAACGAUUUUUUACGGAUUUCUGUCGUCAAGAAUGCUACGUCAACUUUGAGCUGUUAUGAAAAAUAUUUUUAAUUGUUUUUUACUGAAUAAGAAAACAUCGGUAGAAAUGCUAGCUCGAUACCUUGUUUGUAUAUUUCUGAUUUACUAUUUAGAGGUUUAAUGAAUUUUCUUUAAACGUUUUUUUCUACACUGUAUGAUUUCUGCUAAUAAAAUUGUUUUGAAGGAAA